UUGAAAAAAAAAAUUCUUUCCCGCAAUAGUAUCUUCUCUCUUCUUUUCGUUCCAUGACGAGAGCUUGUCAGAAAGAAUAUCCGCAAGGACUCCCACUCCACUCUCAUGCCUGCAAAUGGCAUUUCUUCAAAACCCACUCCAUCAGAAGGGAAGAUCCUUAAUCCCACUCUUCUCCCUCGCCAUCCUCUGCUCUCUCUUCUUCUUCCUCGGCUCCUACCCUCACCGCCAAACACCCUCCUCAAGCACCCCCUCCCUCCCCUGUCAGAACCUCCCCCUCAACUUCACAAGAAGAAACAAUGACUUCUUCCCACCCCCACUUGACUUCUCAUCCCACCACUCCCUCCCCCUGCCGGAAACCCCCAAGAAAGGCCACACCCUUGACUUUUGCCCCAAGAACUUCACCAACCACUGCCCCUGCCACGACCCUCACAGGGCAAAGCAGUUCUCGAUCGACAAGUUCUUCUACAGGGAGAGGCACUGCCCGGAGAGCCAGGACGAGAAGCUGAGGUGUCUGAUCCCGGUUCCUGUCGGGUACAGGACCCCCUUCGCUUGGCCCAAGAGCAGGGACUAUGCCUGGUUCAGGAAUGUUCCCUUCCCUAAGCUCACCGUGUAUAAGAAGACCCAGAAUUGGGUCAGAUUGGAGGGCAAGGAUAGGCUGUUCUUCCCUGGUGGAGGGACUUCUUUCCCUUUGGGGGCUAAGGGGUAUGUUGAUUUGAUCAAGAGGGUCGUGCCCUUCAAGUCUGGGACUGUGAGGACAGUUCUUGAUGUGGGUUGUGGGGUUGCUAGUUUUGGAGCUGCUCUAAUGGAUUACAAUAUCCUGACGAUGUCUGUAGCUCCGAGUGACAUCCAUGAAGCUCAAGUGCAAUUUGCAUUGGAAAGAGGACUUCCUGCAAUGCUCGGCAUCCUAAGCACCUAUAGGUUGCCUUACCCAUCAAGGUCUUUUGACAUGGCCCACUGCUCUCGCUGUCUCGUGCCAUGGACUAAAUAUGAGGGGCAGUACUUGAUGGAGAUUGACAGGGUAUUGAGACCUGGGGGUUACUGGGUGUUAUCUGGCCCUCCCAUCAGUUGGAAGACUAGCUAUAAAGGUUGGGAAAGAGAGCGUCCAGACUUAGAAAAUGAGCAGGUUGCCCUUGAAGAUCUUGCAAGGAGGCUUUGCUGGAAGAAGAUUGCUGAAAGAGGACCCAUUGCAGUAUGGAGAAAGCCGAACAAUCAUAUGCAUUGCAUUCAGAAGUUGAACACUUGGAAGUCUCUGAAACUUUGUGGUUCAUCUGAUCCUGAUUCUGGUUGGUACCGCGAGAUGGAAUCCUGUAUUACUCCCCUUCCAACUGUUAAUGAUGUCCAUGAUAUGUCUGGAGGCGCCCUCCCUAAAUGGCCGAAAAGGUUGAACACUGCCCCUCCUCGAGUCAGAACUCAGACUGUACCAGGGAUUUCUGUUAAGGACUUUGAUGAGGAUAAUCAGUUGUGGAAGAAGAGAGUCUGGUACUAUACAAUCCUCCUUAAGUCUCUUCGACGUGGAAAAUACCGGAAUAUCAUGGACAUGAAUGCUGGGCUAGGCAGCUUUGCAGCUGCAUUAUGUAAGUUUCCUGUCUGGGUCAUGAAUGUUGUUCCCUACGAUGCCAAAAACCAGACAUUGGGCAUCGUGUAUGAGCGUGGUCUUAUUGGAACAUACAUGAACUGGUGUGAGGCUUUCUCGACGUAUCCUCGAACAUAUGAUUUGAUCCAUGCACAUGGUGUCUUCAGCAUGUAUAUGCACAAAUGCAACACUCUUGACAUUCUAAUUGAGAUGCAUCGGAUUCUCCGCCCUGGAGGAGCAGUCAUAAUAAGGGAUCACGUCGACGUGAUUGUGAAACUAAAAGAUGCAGUCGAGAGAUUGAGGUGGAAAGCCAAGGUUUUUCACAGCGAGAAAGGACCUUUCCAUCCAGAGAAGAUCCUUCUUGUCGAUAAUUCCGAUAUUCAAGCACAGCAUACCUGAGGUUACGAAUAUCUCCAAUUGUUCAGUAGUUGGAAGAGAAAUUAUACUGAACUUUGCAGGGCUAGCAGCUUAUUAUCUGGUUGUAUAGCUGUGGGAAGCGAUGGAGAAAGAGUUGUUACGCUGACGCUAAUACCCAUGUAUCUUACUUAAUUUAAAUUUACUUGUAUGUAGCUCUUCCCUAGAUAGUGAAAUUUAUGUUUACCUGCAUAAAGAUCGACAUAUAUGCCUGUUUUUGUUUCCUUGCUUAAGUAGCAUCAUCCCUUUUUCGACUGUGUA